GAGGUGCUGUGGCCCCACACACCGCUCGCAUGAGGUCGCGGCGCACAACGACAACGGCUGAAAGGUGGCCGAGUGUUGGGUGUUGGUGGUGGAGGGGGUGGAACAACCCCGGAAGUUUGGGGCUUCAUCUGGACCACCCCCCACACACACACACACUUUUGGUGACAGGAUCGAGGGUGGGGGUGACUGUGUCAGUUGCCGCUGGUGCACGACAGUGGGUCGGUGGUGUGUCAAGUGACAAAACCACCGCAGCGACGUCAACAUCAUCCGAGUCGAGGUUGCGGACAGCGAGUGGUGGGGGAGGGGGGGUGGUGGCAGAUCGUUGUCGUCGGAGGAGGAAAGCGACCGAGCCUGUCGCGAGUUCGUCUUCACCCGCUGGAAGUCGCGGCUUGAGAUGAAGCACUCAGCCGCGGGGAUUUACUGAGUUUCGCCGGAGCCGGCACUGCCAAGGCACGUUCAAGGCACGUUCAAGGUGCGCGGGACAUGCUGGUGCGCUGGCGGCGGAGGCACGACCGUCCCGGUGGGAUCGCAGACCGCUCUCGCUGACAUGACCAGGGACGAGCGAGAGGCAGCAGCUCAGCUGGCCCGAGAGGCUGUCGCUAUUGUGGCCAAGUACGACAAGGGCCGCGAGGACGGAGUGGAAAUCGACCCGUGGGAAGAUGCCGACUUCCGGAUCUAUAGAGUCACCGAUCGCUUUGGAUUCCUCCACAACGAAGACCUACCAGUUCCAGAUGCGCUGGAGGAGAAGCAAAAGCUGUUGGAGAUCGAGCGGACAGACAAGUGGCUGAAAAUGCUCAAGACCUGGGACAAGUACCGGAACAGCGACAAGCUGUCCCGGAGGGUGUACAAGGGUGUUCCGCUGCAGCUCAGAGGAAAGUUGUGGUUGCUGCUGCUCGAGGUGGCACGUGCUCACUCCGACAACAAAGGCGUCUACGAGAGGAUGCGAAGGCAGGCACGGGAGCGCUCUCCCGACCUUCGGCAAAUUGACCUCGACGUCAACCGGACGUUCCGCAACCACAUCAUGUUCCGCGAGCGCUACGGGGUCAAGCAGCAAGAACUUUUCCACGUGUUGGCGGCGUACUCCGUUUACAAUUCGGACGUGGGCUACUGCCAGGGCAUGAGCCAAGUCGGCGCGCUGCUGCUGAUGUUCCUCGGGGAGGAGGAUGCCUUCUGGGCCCUUGUCCGUCUCAUGAGCAGCAACAGGCACACCAUGCAGGGUCUCUUCAUGCCAGGGUUUCCCAAGCUCCUUCGGUUUCAGGAGCACCACGACCGCAUCCUGAAGAAGCUCCUGCCCAAGCUCAAGAAGCACCUCGACUCGGAGGAGAUGUACACGACUCUCUACAGCACCAAGUGGUUCCUGCAGUGCUUCCUCGACAGAACGCCGUUCACGCUGGCGCUGCGGCUCUGGGACGCUUACAUCCUGGAGGGCGACCGCGUCAUGACAGCCAUGGCCUACACGACGCUCAAGCUGCACAAGAAGCGGCUGAUGACCAUGGGCAUGGAGGACCUCAUGGAAUACCUGCAGGACAGCCUGGCGCAAGACUUCAUGUACGAAGACGACUUUGUCCUGGACCAGCUGCAUCUGUCGGUGACGGAGCUGCGCCGGAUGAAGCUCGAUGUCCCUCCCCCAGUCAGCAGGCUCUUGACCCUGCCCCGUGUUCUCUGCCGACGUUACAGCUUUGGCUGGUGUCGGCGGGUCGACCGCCGCCAAGGUCACUAGUGUUUAAAUCGCAGG